AUGGGCGCAGUGGUGGGAACUUUGACCAUGCAAACCAAGCAGAGAAGACCGACAAGAGAUAAAACAGACGACGAGCUUGAGAUGACAACAGUGUGUCAUAGACCGGAGGCUCUCGAGCAACUGGAAUCCCAAACUAACUUCUGCAAGCAGGAGCUCCAGAUUCUCUAUCGUGGUUUCAAGAAUGAAUGUCCAAGUGGAGUCGUAAAUGAGGAGACAUUUAAACACAUUUAUGCGCAGUUUUUUCCACAUGGAGGUAAAUCUUUGUGUCAUCACUCAUGUUUUUCACACUGGUGUCACCAUAUUGUUUUUUGUUUUGUAGAUGCAAGCAUGUACGCGCAUUACCUUUUUAAUGCUUUUGACACAACCAAGAACGGCUCCAUUAAGUUUAAGGACUUUGUCAUGGGCUUGUCUAUUUUGCUGAGGGGAACCUUAAGGGAAAAACUUGAAUGGACGUUUCAUCUUUACGACAUUAACAGAGAUGGUUACAUAAACAGGGAGGAAAUGACAGAGAUUGUGAAAGCCAUUUAUGACAUGAUGGGCAAGUACACUCACCCUGCGCUGAAGGGAGAUGUGCCACAGCAGCAUGUGGAUGCUUUCUUUCAGAAAAUGGACAAAAACAAAGAUGGAGUGGUAACUUUAGAUGAGUUUGUAAUAGCCUGCCAGGAGGAUGAAAUCAUGAUGAGAUCCAUGCAGCUGUUUGAGAAUGUGAUGUAG